AUGGCUAAUGUUGCACAGACUGAAGAUAUGGAAGUUGAUGCUGAGGUUGAGAAUCGCGAAACAGGUUUCCACCUGCCGUACACGCACGAAAACCACAUUGACUUGCCAAGAUACCGCAACAACCUGAACAACGCAAAUGGCAAACUUGUCAACAAGCACAGGCACACGUUCGUCGAGGAGGCCAGGUUUGAGUGCCCACAGUUCAUUGGUGCGGCCUAUGUUGCUAAUUAUGAGGGACCGACAAUUCUGACUCUUACUAAGGAGGGUGGCCGCACCAAAAAGGAAAUACAACAGUGCAUUAGUAAGGAGAUCAGAAUUCCGGCAGGCAAGAUGAAGUGGGCUCUGCUGUCUGCUAAGAACAUUAAAGUCGGGAAGCAGAUCGACACCAAGUUGACUUUCGACCCUAUUCUCUACGACAGAAUGGACCAUUUAAUUGAGAGGAUUUUUGGCACCUCCCCUGAGGACUGCAGUUUCGGCGACAAGGGGCUCCAAGCACUGCACAAGGCUAGUCUUUGCUUGGAUAUUGGGUUCCCCAAGAUUCCGCCUAUGAGUGAGCUUUUAGUCAAGCCGCUAGAGGAAAUUUACCACUCUGGCUCCAGCACACUUGAUUGCAAGUUGUAUGUCGAGUACCUCCUUGAGCGCCCCGCUGUGUCUGUCGCAGCAGCAGCCACCGCCGUUUCUGUUGUAAAUAAAACUGGUGCUGACGCCGCAUCUAUUACUGACAGUGCACAGCAGAGUUGCAACCGGUGGAUGGCUAUUCGCCUACAGUCUGCCAAUAUCAUUCGGUGGAUAGGAGAGGAAAAGUGCUGGCUAAAGGGCAAAGUUUCCCGCAAAAUUAAGCAGCGGCUGCGGGAUGAACUGGCUGAGCGAAAUCGGGAGCAGUACAUCAAUAUCCAGCCUACUGAUAAUCUCAAGCACAUUAUCAGGCUGAGCGGCUGGAUGCGCAACGAGUUGGCCGCGCAGCAGCAGCAGCAGCAAAAGCAGGAAGCCACAACAGGCAUAAAUAUAAUUCUGGCACCUACAUCGACGCUCAAGCCAAAGCCCAAUCCCAAGCAUCAGCGCAAGGAUUCAUUUAUGCGGCGCGGGCGCUACAGAUGGCCAUACCUCAAAUACACAUCAUACCUGGCACAGCCCGACACACUAGCUCUCGCGGGGUUCUCUUUUAACCCAGUAAAGGACGCACCAGACAACGUGCAAUGCUUCCACUGCGGCUUUGAGCUGACCGGCUGGGAGCCCUCCGACGACCCCUUCUCGGAGCACUACGCGCACCAGCCCAGCUGCACAUACGCCACGCUACACUGCCAAACGCGCGAAGCGCACCUAGGCAACAAAGUCGAGUGGAAGGGCUGGCCGGUAAAUGACAUGGACGCCGAAACGAAGAAGAGGCUCCUGGAUAUGCGCAGUGAUGUGGCCACGCGGCUGGCCACGUUCAAUGAGAAUGAGUGGCCGCAUACGGGGCGGAAGGACUGGAACGUGACGCCGGAGAAACUGGCCAGCGCUGGGUUCUAUUAUACGCCGGAGUGGCCCGGAGACGACACGGCGGCAUGUUUGUUCUGCGGGUAUAUGCUGGCCGAGUGGGAGGCUGAGGAUGAUCCGAAUGCGGAGCAUGAGAAGAGAGUGCCGGAGUGCUUGUUCUUCACUUUGCUUAGGGACAAUGGCAUGCCGUUGGUCGCUAGCCCGCUGCCCAAGGAUACGCCCAGGAGAGUCAGUAUGCGGACAUCGCUACAGGCUGUCACUAUUGUUGAUUCAGACGAUGAUGAGCGGGUGGCGUCGGACUCGUCGGCGUCUAAGCGCCCGCGCCUGAGCGGUGAUCUUAUCAAGGAGGUUAAGGCCGAGGAUCAGGACGACGAUGUGGCAGGCUUGAUGGCCGAGGCCAAGAAGGAGCAGCUUGUUGAAGAGUCCGACCAAGAGGAGCACGAUGAGAUGCGCAUGGACCAGAAUGACGAGAAGGGCGGGAUGGCUCAGAAUGACGAGGAAAGCGAGAUGGACCACGAUGAGCGGCCCGCCAACAAAACCGACGCACACAACGCCGAGGAGCAGGAGGACCACGCCAUCGAAGAAGGGUACGGACACGAGCCGCGCGGCAUUGGCGAGGAGCACCAUAUGGACGCUCAGUCGGGGCCCGACACCCAAGUCGGCCCUGACAUCAGCGAUGUCAGCGAGGUUAGCGACUACAGCGGCAACGAGCAAGAGCAAAGCGACAGCGACAUAGGGCACACGUCCGACACCAGCCCCGACACGCAGUUGUCCAACACGCAGGUGGCCAGCGAUAUGCUGUCGUCGCCCGAGGAAAUGGCCAUCGACGAGUACCAGCAGUCAACACAGGUCGAUGACGCUGAGGAUGCCGCUUGGGAUCUGGACGAGGUUGAAGAGGACAUGACGGUUGAGGAAUUCAUCCAUGCGUGCUGCAACCAAAAGGUCGCUUCGCUCGAGGCGUCAGCCGCCCAGAUGAUCAGCUCAUUCAUGCAGCGGGCGGAGAAUACACGUGAGCGCAUUUACAAUAUGCCUUUGUGA